CUCAAGGAUGAUAUCAUCCAGCCUCAGCCGCACACUGUCAGCAUCAUGGCUGCCCCCAAUAUACUGCCCCCUUCAAUAACCAACUUUCUCUCUGAUGUGGUCGCUAUAUCACCUGAAUCUGUUGAUGCAUUGUGGGACAUUAUGAAAGACCUUGCAUGGGUUCUACCCACUGUGAACGAGGCCAGAGCUGAUGAAGAGAAUGCGUUCAGACUCUAUGGACACCAGCGAGGAAUUACUUCUCAUACUCUUUACCCGCCCACCAAACAGUGUACUAACCCAGAGUGCAGUGCAUGGCAACUUGGUACAGUGCUCAAGAAAGAAGAGCAACGUCAGGCAGUCAUAUUUACCCAUGCGAAUGGUGCUCAUCCUGCAUGGUCAGUGCACUUGAAUAAACUCAUUGUUGUAGAAUGUCAUACCAAUUAUCAUAACAACUAUAGUGUCCAGGAUGGUAUCAGGACAUACUAUGGCAGAAUGCCGGCCUACAUCCAAGUCGCUGAACAUCAAUUUGUUCAACGUGAACUCGUAAUGCAUUGGAUGGAUUUGAUG